AAGCGCGGGAAAAUGCAAGGUUGCCCGUUGGACACCGGAAUACCGAGAAAAAGAAUUCAAGACGGCGGAGAGAAAUGAUCGGCGGGAAAAAGGAGUCGCGACUUGAUUGGGCGUGAUCGAGAGUUCAGCCACGUCGUCGGUGGGAGGUACCUAUGUCGAUAGGGGGCAGGUCAUUCGGUACUCCGAGAUGGGCAGAGUCGAACGAUGGGCGUGACCAGUUGGAUGGUCUUUGCUAGGAAGGGGGCGUGGCUUAAAAAGGUUGGCACUGUUCGAGUUGGUGGGAGUAAAUGCCGUCGAACCCUACAAGCCGCAGUUAGUAUUCAAUCGUUCGACGGUGAGCAUGUUGUUGCGUUUUAUCGCGUUACCGGCGGCUCUCUUCUACCGGAAGUGAAGCCUGCUUUCACGCCGGCAUUUCGUGUCCUUUAAGCGCGUCGAAAUUCGUCGGUUCGAAAUAAAAAAAAAAAAAAAAAAGAAAAAGUAGACGAACGGUGUUGCAGUACCAGAGAUUCAAGAAGACGGAAGAGUGAUAUCGCGCGUUACUGUGUACAUGUGUUUGCGUGUACGUGCGUGUAUGUGUAUGUGCGUACGUUUACAUGUAUGUACUCUAUUUCUCUCUCUCUCUAUCUCUCUCUUUCUCUCUCUCUCUCUCUCUCUCUCUCUCUCUCUAUCUUUCUUUCUCUCUUUCGCCGACGGAACGCGAACAACGAUCGUGAAGGAACAAAGGGGAGAAGAGAGUAGAGUCGAAUCUUAGAGAGAAUAUAUCGUGGCGAAUACUUUUUCCGUUCGACCAUUUAGAAAUAGAAGGAGAAAGAUUAAAGGGAGGAAAAAAAAGAAAAGAACGUAUUCUUCGCGUAGGUUCGUCGAAGUUUUUUACGGACCUAAACGAACGAACGAACGAACGAACGAAGGAAUCGUCCGGCUUUGCGGCUUUAAGACCGGCCGGCGCCCGCUUUAAAGGGAAUAGAACGAAAGCGUCGGCGCGACGAGUAUAUCUCUCUUUCUCUUUCUCUCUCUCUUUUUCUCUCUCUUUUUUUUUCUUUCUCUCUCUCUAUCUCUCUCUCUCUCUCUCUCACUCUCUCUCACUCUCUCGAGUUCCAAAUUAUUAGCGCAAGUUCUUAAUCAUAAUAUCUAUAAUUUUUUAUCUUAUUCUUAUUAGCUUUCCUCCGACCAUUUUUCUUCUUCUUCAUCUUCAUCUUCAUCUUCUUCCUCCUUCUCCUCUUCGUAAUUGUUUGGAAGACGUCCGAUCACUUCCGGGAUAGACGUUUUUUUAUUUUUUUGUAGCUUUAAAAGUACUAUAACACGAAAUGAGAGUAUUCUCCGUGAGAAUUAUCAAAUACGCUCGCAAAUCAAAGGAAUAUAUAUGUGCUCCAUGAAUUUUCACAUAUUUGGAUCAUUAUUAUUCCAUACGAAGAUGUAGUUCUCGCGGUGCUCCAAAUGUAAUUGACCUUCCUCGAGGGAGGCAAGUGUUACCUCGAGGGAAGAUAUAAGAAGAUCAAACGGUGCUGUGCCAAUCGGUGUUGUUCGUAAAAAAAAAAAAGAAAAAAAAAGAAAGAAAAAAAAAAAACUUUUCGCAAAAAUUCCAUAUCACACGUAACAUAUUUAUACGUUCUUCGUUUGAUAUCAAAUGGUUUGUGAGUGGUGAUCGACGUUUUUUUGAGUAUCUCUCUCAUCCUAUUCACAUGGUACAUAAAAGAACAAGAAGAUAUCUAAUGUUUAAUCGUUAAGGAUGAGUGAAUUCAUCGAGUGAACAAGGAUUUAUCGUCGAUUUUUAUAAAAAAAAAAAACCGAGGAUUCGAGGUCUUCAGGAUGAUCGGAUUCUAUAUUCCGGAGACGUACGCCUAGUCAUCACAGUGGAGUUCUGCUUAAUCGCAGCCUCGGGAGGGGGUGGUUCGAUGUUGGUCCCUCCCGUGGCCCAAGGCGGGACGGGCGAUCGUCCCGUGGGUGACGCGGGCGGUAGGGCCCAGCAGUCGUCCGGCCCUGCCGGGACAGCAACCCUAUGGCCUCUUGCACCAGCGCAGCCCAAUCAAGUUCCAAAUCAACAGUCACAAGGAAUACCACCCUUGGCUGCGACCCCUGCACCGGCGCACAAUCAAGGUGUGAGCCGUUACGGGUUGUACUCGUUAUUUCCCGGGGGUGGCGGAGGUAGUUACGUCGCGGCCACUCCCGCCACCCCAGGGCCACCCACCCCCGCGCGCGCUUAUCACGCAACAACGCAUAAGGAACGAACAGUUUCAGAGAGCGUAUUCUCCGCUGCUGUUGGCGUUGGUGUUGGUGGUUACACCUGGGGUGCUCCCACGCCACCCCCUGGAUCACCCUACAGUCCUGUCCCUGUGACUCAGCUUGAACUACUCGCCAAGAAUUUGGCGAGUUUGGCGCCUCCUGGUCAACAGGCGUUGAGCCUUCAGGGUGUCGGUGUUAAUGUUGGCAGUCUUCAUCAUGCGCAGCAUACUCAGCAUACGCAGCACACCCUCAAUCUUGCUGGACUUCAUCAUCUGCACCAUGAAGGUCUACAUCAGAACACUUUUUCGCCCCAACUCUCCCUGGUGACCGGUAACGCUCCGACAUUGACGAUCAAUAGCUUUUCGCCAAAUUCGACGGGUAACGUCGUGCCGACGACGGGGGUGUUGCUCCAGGAGUAUCAGUCACCGACAGGCUCGACAGCCACCGGUUGUUCCGUCGCAGUGAACGGUUCCUCAUGUCCAACGAGUUCGACGAGUAGCACGAUGGUCGUCCAGGGUGGCAACCAGGUUGUCCAGACUACCGCGAAGAAACGAGAAGCCUUCCUCUCGAGUCAAGGUCAACCGGUGAAACUGGAGAACAAGUCGACGAGGCAGCCCUGCGUUUGCAGGAACAGCAACGGUAAAACGAAAGUGGUUCAUUCGGAUGCAGGCUGUAGCAGGACGUUGCCCGUCGCAUCGUCCUGGAAUGGACAGGAUGCGAAUAAUGGCGUUAAUUCUAAUACGAACAAUAAUAGCCUCGUGAAGAGAGAACCUUUGGCCUCUGUGCCAUGUCAGGUUGCAGAGGUUUCGACCUCUCUUCAUGCUACCACUACCUCUGUUAAGAUCGAGCCGGUUCCUCCGAAAUCGGAAAAUGGUAUAGUGGUAUCGAAUGCGAACGCAGGUGGAAUACCAGUUGGAAUUGCAAUGGCAAGACAGAGAUCGCAACAUCAGGAAACCUCGGCGUCCAUGCGGAAUGUCUCCCUCAGUCAUCAUACGUCGCAUCAUGCAAGUUAUCAUCACUUUCAACCUGACAAUCUUGUCCCAUCGCUAGUUUGGGCCCUGUCGUCAGGUUCAUCGAGUACAGCCAUGACGGUAGGCGGCGCUACGCUCGUCCACUGUGGCGGAGGUGGUGGGGAAGAACGUCCGGCCCACCUCGCCAUUCCUUCGGGUGCUUUGGCGCCCUCGUUGAACGCGGCCCUCGGUUCGAGUCUCGGCCCGAAUCUCGGCCCGAGUCUUGGCUCCGGCCUGAAUUCCACCUUGAAUUCCAGCUUGAAUUCCACGCUCGGCAGUACCGCAACGGCCGCGGCCACUACUGCGUGGCCUCCCACGCUUUGGCAGUAUCCGGCCUCGGCCGCGGCCGCUGCCGCCGCUGCUGCCGCCGCAGCUGCAGCGAUGCCCAUGGAACCCGUAGGGUUCCCGCAGAUGGGUGUCGGUGUGCAGGGAGGUUUGCAGUUGGUCAGAGAUCCAUCCAGCGGUCAUCUUCUUUUAAUUCACGCAGCCGAACAAAUGCAGCAGGCUGUGGUCUGGCCGAAUUAUCCAAAUCACAAUGGCGGAAACGUAGCACCCCCGUCCCUUUUGUUACCGCCGCCACCACCGUCCCUUCAACUUUUAAGCGACAUAGGCGGCGCUAGAUUGGUCCUUACCGAGAGCAAAAGAAAACAACAGAGCACUUUGCCGAUCGUCAAGAUCGAGGCGGAUUGUGGUACGAGUCCGACAACCAUAAUAACGUCGACGGAAUCGACGAAGGCAUUGCAGAGCGUGACAUCGGUGACGGGCACUCUAGUGCCAGAUGCACCGCUCGUAACGACUCUUCAUUACUACCCACAUGCACCGGCUUUGGUGCAGAUUAGUCAAACGGAGCCCACGCAUUGUAGGUCGCAGCAGCGAAAUGCAUUUAUUUCGAAGGCAACCUCGCCGGUAUCCUGUCUGACACCACCACCAGAAGUGACGACGAUCCAUGCGAUCGAGCCACCGCAAAUGACACCGAUGGUCGGCGUUCAGGAUGCUUCGAAUCAAACAGAAGCGCCAGAAGCCGAACAGGAACAGGAUAUGCCAAUGGAGACUCAGGUGAAACAGGAGCAAAAUCUUAGCCCAUGUCAGCUUCAAUGUGCUAGUACCGCGACGAAUCUUACGACGACCACCACUACUACAACGACGAAUUUGACGAAUCUGACGAACUUCGAGAUCGUCGCGGCGACUCCAGAAAAGAUGUGCAAUGUCGUCAGGAUAACGACGACAACGACCACGGUCAAUCCUACCGUAUGUGGUAUAGUUGGCAAGGUCGAUAAAGCAGAGAAUACGAUCAUCAACAUGGCUGAUUGUCCAAAAUAUUCUAUCACGAGGGAAUGCAGAAGCGUCACGUCGAUCGAUAGAACGAUCGAACGUGUCGUAAGUCGUCAAGAUGAUUUGGAGCAGGACGAGGAAGAAGAUUCAAGGCACGAUCGUUCGACGAUCAACGAUGACGACGAUUGUUACGAUAAUGGCAGAUCACCGAUAUGCAGAGACGCAAGAACUGGUCCUAGAAUCAUCGAAAUCACCGAGGAAAACUGUGACAGUUUCCAUGAGAAUUUAGAGUUCUUUGGCACGCGACGGGAUCGUUCAACUGAUCGUCUUCGAGAUCGUCGGCGAAGUUAUGCGAUCGAUAACACGCAGGAGCAACAUCAAAACCGUGAGGAGGAAAAGAAGAUCAUUGUAGAGGAGCCGAUGAUCGAUCGUAUCGCCGAAGAAUCGAGAGGUACAGUAAUACAUCAAGUUAUCGCCAAACUAUCACCGGAAACGUCUUGUUGCGAGUCACAAAGGAAAGAGGAAAUGUACCCGGAAUCAAAGGUGAUCGUCGAUUCGACGUCGAAUAACGGGCCGCAAUCAAUGACGACGACGACAACGACGACGACUACGUCGUCUCAGAAUAUACCCGAUUGCGAGAGCUGCGGGAAAAAUCGCGAUGUCCGUCCUCAAAUGGUUGUUCAACAAAAUCCAGAAGUGAAGCCGCAAAUCAGUGUGAAAUCUUUCGAUAUGCCUAACAUCGAUUGCGACGAUCAAGAAUUGGAAACUGUAGUUAUCAAGCAGGAAGCCGACGAUGGUUCCUUCGACGAACAAAAUUCAAAAUUUGAGAAUGUAUCGACAAUAGAGAAGCCAAAGGAUUCGAUGAAGAGACAUUCGGUUGAACGAUCUCAUCCAGGUAUCGAGAACGUUGUCGAGAAAUUGAAGAAAAAUGCGGCCGCCGCUAUGCAAGAAUCUUCCUGUCCAUUACAAAAGAUAGAUGAAUCUAAAGAACGUAACGUUGAUAAUUCGCGUUCUAGAAGGCACUCGGAAACGAUGCCGAGAAAGUUGGAGAACGGUCUGAAGAAGCACAUAUUGAGAUCCUGCGAAAAUGAAAAAUUGUUGAACGAGAAACGUGAGAAUAUCGAACGAUCCGAGAUCGAAGGAUCUUCGGAGAAAGAUUCUAGCAGUUUAGCUUAUUCGAGAGAAUAUUUACAUAACGACAAUAAUAACGACAGUAGGAGUAACAAUAACAAUAUCAAGAAUAUAAACGACAAGGAAUACGUCAUCAGGAAAAGGUUAGCAGUUGCCUGCGAGUCGAAGGUCAAGGACGAUGUAUCUGAGGUAAAUGCGAGUCCACCGAAAAAAAGUCGUUUAGAUAGAGCAUCGAAUGCCAAUGACGACACGGUUUUCUUAUCGGCCACCAUUGUCGACAAUCAAAGCACGAAAUUGAAAUUGGCCAUUUCGACGAAGCAAAAAUCGAACGUCGAUCUCAGCGGCUUAGAAUUGCUCUCGAAUAGUAUCGAACAGUUCGAGCAUUUGAAACCGGAGGCACAGAAUUGUUCGACUCCGGAUCUCGAGAAAUCGCCUAGCAGAGGGAAACUGAUCUCUCCUCAGGGUGAGAGCAAUAAUAAUAACGUCGAUAGUCCCCUCGGUUUGCUGUGUGCUCUGGCUGAGCAGAGAUUCAUGGAAGAGGUUGGAGACAAAGUGCCGAGAAAGCUCAAUCUCGAGAGUUCAGAAGAAAUAUCGAGAGCCGGUAGGCUGUUGUUAAAUCUUGGAAGGACGAGUUUGGAGAAAGAAAGAAAGAGAUUGGAUAAAAGAAAAAGUACGGAUGGAGACGAUGAGAAUUAUGAGAAAUCGAAGAGACUUAAAGCCGAUGUUGUAUACGAGACAACAGACGAUGGAAAGAAUUCAUCUAUACGUUAUUACGAGAAAUGUGGUAAAAGUAGAAGACACGGAGCUAGAUUUCAAGAAGACAUGGUAUUCAGAGUGAAAGAGAAACCUAACAGAAGUAUAGAUCUCGCUGAGGAAAAUGGAAUCGACGAUGAGGAAACUUCUUCGUUGGCGGAAAGAUUUGUACGAGAACGUGAACGCGUUCAAAAGUUCGAUAAGGAAAAUAACGAUUUGGAUUAUGAUAGAAAGAAGGAAACAUUGGAACGUUACGAUCAACAGUACGAUCGAUUUUGCGGAAAUGAUAGAUGUUAUCGUGAUGUAUCAAAGGAAGAUGCCUUGACAGAUUCCGAAACGGAAAACGACAAGACAGUUUGUUCUACUACGAGAUUAGAGGAGGAAGUAGAUGUAAAUACGCAAAGAAGACAAGAAUCCACAGAGGAGAGAAAUAGGCAAGGAAAAUUGGACGCAAAGACGAAUGUUGGUAAAAAGUUACAUACGGAGGAAGACGGGGAUUGGCCAAAUAUGGAUGCAAUGGAGUUGGAUAUGAGAGUGAGAUUGGCGGAUAUUCAAAGACAAUACAGAGAAAAGCAAAAGGAACUAUCGAGGUUGACGCCAAAGAAGGAGGACAAGAGAAGUCCAGGUAGACCGAGAAAGAAGAGCCAUUCAUCGAGUUCCGAACACGGUACUCUCUCUUCUCCUCCCAUUUUGGAACCAGCAGUCCCUUGUCAAAAGUCUCCGUCUCAUUCUCCUGACGGAGCUCCACCGCCAUUAACGUCAGCAGUCUUGGCCAUGCCAAGAUGUAACGUGAAUCUUGUGAAACUCGGUGAACCUCGAAGUCACAUUAAACUUUUGGAUAGUAUACCGAGUAUACCUAUACCAGUACCACCGGUUGCUUCGCCUAUCACGGUUUUACCAACGAGCAAGAUACAAUCAGAGGACGACGACAAGAGUACUGGAAGGAUGGAAUACGAUACAUCUUCGCCAGCGCCAACCGUAGCAAGUUCUAGUUCAGCAUCAAAGAAACGUAAAGUUGGCCGCCCCAGAAAACUCAUGUGCACGUCAGGGAAUACAAGACACUUUACAGAAACUAUUGUUGCGAAAAAACCAAAAAGCAAAAGUUCCCUCGUGGGUUAUUUGUUGUCACCGAAAAACAGGCAUCUUCAAACCAAGUACAUCGCCAAGUCUGGUUAUACUCCCCUACCCUUUAAAACCGGAAUGUUGUCCUUAAAAGCUUCCUCCAAGAAUCACAAAUCAGUCAAGGCGAAGAUGAAACCCGCGAAACAAACUCCGCUGCAUAAUAAAAAUGUCAUCAGUUCGAUUAUCGCGGAGAAGGCUAAACUAAGUCACGAAGUUAAGUUGGAUAAACACAGUAAUAAGGUAAGACCAAAACUGAAAGCCGAGGCAAAGGUAAAAACCUGGGAAGACGACGAGAGUACUGUCGUUGAAAAUAUAUCGUCGGAUACCAUGAGCCAGGAAAUUCUUGAGGAAAAAAAUGUUGAACAACCAGAGGAGGAAGAAGGAGAGGAGGAAGUCGAGAGAGAGAUGGAAAGGAAUAAGCACGAUAAAUCGAAGAAGAAGAAACAAAAGUCUAUCUCGUCGUCCCCGAGUCGACAUAAAUCGAGCGAUCGCGAUAAGAAGGAAUCUAAACGUCGAAAAUCGUCCGAUUGUAAAGAUUGUAAGGAAUGUGCGAAGGUUGCUAAAGCGGAAAGAACAGAAAGCAUUAUUAAUAGAUGUAAGCUAACGUCGGCUCACUUGGCCAUUGAUCAGUUAAGAGUUCUGACGGCUAUGGGUGGUCUCUUUUAUGCCGGAAGACUUAGCGCUGUUCGAGCUCCAGAUGUUUACGCUAUUACUCUUGAUGGCGAACGAGGGAAUAGACCUCAUAUUCAUUCAAGGGAAGAGAUUUUACGGGACGCGAUCGUAGAGGUAUGUCCAAGUUCAACGAAAGAAUUACCACCCGGUACAAGACUUUGUGCUUAUUGGAGCGAGCAAUACAGAUGUCUUUAUCCAGGAACAUCGGUCGAACCUACCGAACCAGAUCCCGAACUCGAUGAGAAAUUUGUCAGUGUUGAAUUCGAUGACGGUGAUAGCGGUAGAAUAGCUUUGGAUGACAUCAGAUUACUCCAACCUGAUUAUCCUGUUGUUGAAUACGAUCCAAAUCCUCUUUUAUCUUUGGGCAAACGUCGACGACAGACCUCGGUUUCGAUAGAAGAUAAAAGAUCGUCCAUAAAUACUAUAUCUGGUACAACAUCGAAUAGUUUAACAUCUACGGUUUCUUCCACAACUUCCUCUCACAUUUCCUCUUUCGAUGGAGUCUCGAUAGAACGGCACAAAACGGAUGAUAUCAGUGCAAAGGCAUUGGAUGAUUAUCGUGAACGUAAGCGUUUGAAGAAGAGGAGAAAGGAUAAAUUGAAGAGACAACACGAGGCUCAAGAAGGAAAGAAGAAACAUAAGAGGCACAAGGGUUGCGAAGAGCAUAGAAAGCACAAGCAUAGGAAACAUAGAAAGCAUAAGCAUAAACAUAGCCAUCAUUGCAAUCAUAGCGAAGGAAGUCAUAUAAGCGGGGAAAGUUGUUGUGGUCAAAAAAGUGAAGAUGAACCAAAUAAAGAGACUCCGGCAAAGGUUGAAGAGGAAGAGGAAGAGGAAGAAGACGAGGAAGAGGAAGAAGAGGAAAGUGAAGAAAUGACUGUUUUGGAAGAAGAACCUGAACCAGUUCCCGAACCAAUUGAAGUUAUAGUAAGGGAGGAAAAGAUAGAAAAGCCGAAAAAAUCUGAUAAAAAAGGAAAAGUACGAGAGAGACAGGAGUCGGUGGAAAGUCGAAGUAAAAUGGCUGCAUUCUUGCCUGCGAGACAAUUAUGGGGAUGGGCUGGUAGGGGUUACAGGAGACCUGGUGCAAAAGGAAGAGCUAAGAAACAAUUUUUCCGAGCCAUUCAAAGGGGAAACGAAACUAUUCAAAUAGGUGAUAGUGCAGUUUUCCUUUCUACUGGUAGACCAGAUAGACCAUACAUAGGACGUAUAGAGUCUAUGUGGGAAACAUCAAGUUCUAAUAUGAUAGUUAAAGUUAAGUGGUUUUAUCAUCCUGAAGAGACAGUAGGAUGUCCAACCAAUCUAAAGUAUCCGGGUGCUCUAUUCGAAUCCCCUCAUAUGGAUGAAAAUGAUGUACAAACUAUUUCGCACAAAUGCGAAGUAUUACCGUUGGACGAAUAUACAGAAAAACUGGGAAAAGAACCUCAUAGAUAUCUUACCAUCUAUGAUAACAACGAUAUCUACUAUUUGGCCGGAUAUUAUGAUCCGACGACGUACCUUCUAUCUAUGCAACCUGGGGUUGUUUGAGAACAGCUAAAGCUGACGAUUAAGUUGACUGGUGUCACUUAAUCGUAGUCAGCCACAAAUUUUGCGAAAUUCAGUUAUAAAUAGCUGUUGUUAAACACUUAACGCAGCUUUUAAACUUGUCGCUGUUGUAUAGCGACAUGGAAGAAGAAGAAGAAGAAGAAGAAGAAGAAGUAGAAGAAGAAGAAGAAGAAGAAGAAGAGGAGGAAGAAGAAGAAGAAGAGAAAAAGAAAUAUAAUACAGAAACACUGAAUUUAGGAAUUAUGUUCCUAAUACAGAGGUCAUAAUGCAAUAAGGGAUAG